AUGGUACUUAAAUUACACUGGAGCAUCGUCACAGCUUGUUUUGCUGGAAAAGUGGAUCCACCUUCAACAUAUAUAGAACUUAUGCCAGAUGUUGAUGAAUUUCUUAAAAAGCCCAGUAAGUCUUUCUCUCACCAUGGUGUCAGGAGCCAAUCUAAAUUCCACCUGUCUUCAGUUUCAGAAUGGCUGCGGUUAUUGCCUUUCCUGGGCGUGCUGGCCUUGCUCGGUUACCUCGCUGUUCGUCCGUUCCUCCCCAAGAAGAAACAGCAAAAGGAUAGCUUGAUUAACCUCAAGAUCCAGAAGGAAAAUCCAAAAGUAGUGAAUGAAAUAAACAUUGAAGAUCUGUGCCUCACUAAAGCUUACUGCAGAUGUUGGCGUUCCAAGACGUUCCCUGUCUGUGAUGGCUCCCACAACAAGCACAAUGAAUUAACAGGGGAUAAUGUAGGUCCACUAAUACUCAAGAAGAAAGAAGUGUAGCAGAUGCUUAAUCCACUAGAUCAUGACCGACAAAAAGUCUUUUUAUACUGUAGUAGUUGCAAGGGACAGCAUUUUAUUAUGUGAUUGGUAUGAUUUAGUCUAAUGAUUGCUGUAGAUUUCUUUUUGGAAUAAACUGCAUUUAGACAGUGUUAAAUCUGUCGCUGUUUUCAUACUUUAUUCUGAGAAGAAUUAUGUCUGCUUUGUAAAGCUGUAAAGUAACUAUCUUUGUAAAUAAGUUAUUUCAACAAUAAAAUUACUUCCUACAAGUAA